AUGCCCUCCGAUAUCGUUAUUCCAGUCGAGCAGAAUGCGCCAUUCCUUCAGUUGCCAUCUGAGAUAGUCUAUCAGAUCUUGCUCUAUCUUCCCUGCCAGUCCUUGGUGUCCCUCUCUCGAACAUGUCGACAACUCCGAGAGCUGGCUCAGGAGGAUUUGCUAUGGGCGAACUUGCUGCGACCAAACUUACCGCCUCAAGACUUCCCACCCGAUCCAUAUCCAUCGUCCUCAUAUCGCGAUCUCUAUAUCUCUCACCAUCCGUACUGGUUCCUACCUCGCCACAAGAUAUGGAUAUCGGACGAGUCCUACAUUGGGCGGAUAAUGAUAUGCAAGUUCGAUCCGAGGCGAGGGUGCAUAGAGGGCUAUCGCUUGCUCGCGGACAGGACUCCCUCUUCUGGAAUAUUGUGGCCAUAUAAACCGAGUGUUGUCAUCCACUCCUUCCAGCCUAAGGUGCACUUGUGGCUCGAUGAUCCCAUCCUCAAAUUACCGCAUGACAUCGUGCCUUUUAACACACGGCAAGGAUGGUGGGAGGCCGAAAUCAAGAUGAGCGUAGGGAGACCUGGCCACAAUACAUCGGCCUCUUUUUUCCUAGCCCGCGAUAUUCCGGAGCAUUUGCAAGACAACAGAAUGGUCGUUUGGCCGCCUCGGACCAUUCCUGGAAUGCCACGAGUGCGUGCUGCGAGCGUCGACAACUUCAGAGGCGCCGGACACAAACCACAAAAGUAUGAUCAAAUCUCGCAAACAACGUUCCGCCUCCGACAGUGGUCUCAAUUCAGUACUGGUAUGGCACAUUUCGGCAUUCGCGUUGGCGAAGAAGUGAGCACGUGGAGCACAAUUGAUCCUGCUCUCUAUACUCCGACACCGGAAAAGCCUUACCAAGGCAUCUAUGUUGGCGAUUAUGCUGGACAUGGAUGUGAGUUCCUUUUGGUCAUGCAGACAGAUAAAGCGCCUAGUGCCCCGUUCAGACCGACUUCGACAUAUUUCCGAGCGAUGCUCGGCCUCAGGGAGGACGAAGAAUCUGGUGAAGAGGAUGAGUGGGAACAGUCAACUCAUGCCAGCAGUUCACAGGCGACCGUGCAAGAUUAUGACGAGGAUUUGUACCACGGAGCCAUCGAGGCCGUGAAGUUGACGGGUGACCCCAACAUUCCUCGCGGUGAACACACUUUCAUCGCCGAUGACAUCGGACCCAACGGUCUGAUAAGGAUUGCCCAGGAGCACCCUUUCCGAGGGGCGCGUGUGGUCAAGAGCCGCGGUCAUGUUGCGGUCCGCGGAUUUCAGAAUGAUGAAUUCAUACCGUCGCAACUUAUCAUGAUCAGCCAUGAUAGACUCGCUCAGUAUUGGGUGCCGUUCGGGCAUAUUUCGUUCUACGAAAGAAUUGACAUUGAUAAAUUGAUGGACGAGACAUUUAGACAAAACAACAGCGGAGGAUGA